AUGGAGACGCUGCAUAUCUUCACAUUCUUGCUGUUCUGUGUCGGCGCCAUUGUGUUCGUCAGCGCGGCCAUCUACUUUCUUCAAGGGCUGGAAGAGCCCGACGACGACAACGACACUAUGAGCGGCAAAAACUCGUCCGGCAUGAAAAACGUCCCAGACCAACGCGGCACUGGUGGUGGAGCCUCCCACUACGAAACCGACCACGUCGAAGCUUACCACGCUGAAACGUACCACGCCGAUGCCUACUACGCCGAAACGUACCACGCCGAUGCCUACUACGCCGAAACGUACCACGCCGAUGCCUACUACGCCGAUGCCUACUACGCCGAAACGUACCACGCCAAAGCCUACUUCGCGGACAACUACCUCAUCAACGCGUACGACGCUGAAGGCCACCACAGUGCAGCGUACCACGCCGAAGCCUACCACGCCGAAACCUACGACGCUGAAGCCUACCACGCUGAAGCCUACCACGCUGAAGCCUACCACGCUGAAACCUACCACACGGAAACGUGCCAUGACUACUAA